GGACACGCGCCGUUCAUGCCCAUGUGUGACUUCUGUUCCCAGUCGGUAGUAACCUUAGGAGCUGCUGCUGGAGGAGUGCUAGGAGGCUACGCUGUGGAUAAGCUUGGGCGAAAGCUGAGUCUGAUGCUGUGCUCGGUACCGUACAUCUUUGGGUUUAUGAUGAUCAUCUCUGCCCACAAUGUCUGGAUGCUUUACUGCGGACGAAUACUGACUGGCUUAGCCAGUGGAGUUACUUCACUUGUUGUUCCAGUUUAUAUAUCAGAAAUAUCACAUUCAAAAGUUAGAGGAACACUUGGCUCAUGUGUUCAACUGAUGGUGGUAACUGGCAUACUGGGAGCUUAUGUUGCAGGAAUAGCACUUGAAUGGCGCUGGUUGGCUGUGCUUUGUUCUUUCCCACCCUGCUUAAUGGUCAUAUUCAUGUCCUUCAUGCCUGAAACGCCUCGGUACCUGCUGAAUCAAAACAAACACCCAGAAGCCAUAGCUGCUUUAAAAUUCCUACGGGGACCACAUGUGGACCAUGAAUGGGAACGCAGGCAAAUUGAAACUAGUGCGGAGGAGCAGCAUGGACUAAGUCUAGCAGAAUUUAAGAGUCCAUCAAUCUACAAGCCAUUCUUUAUUGGUGUGGCACUGAUGUUUUUCCAGCAAGCAACAGGGAUUAAUGCAGUUAUGUUUUAUGCAGAAAUGAUCUUUGAAGAAGCUAGCUUUAAGGACAGCAGGAUGGCUUCAGUUGUUGUGGGUUCAAUACAAGUGUGUUUUACAGCUGUGGCUGCACUUAUCAUAGAUAAAACGGGACGGAAAGUACUACUUUGUGUAUCAGGGAUUGUCAUGGCUAUCAGCACUGCAGCAUUUGGAUUUUACUUUAAAAUGAUCCUUCCAAAUCAAAACAACUCGUCACAUCCUGACUUCCUGACCACUCCAAAUUGCAUAUCCUCAGUAGCAGAGCAUGACCUAACCUGGCUGGCGGUAGUGAGCCUGGGGCUCUUCAUCACUGGUUUUGCCAUUGGUUGGGGUCCCAUUCCAUGGCUGGUGAUGUCUGAAAUAUUCCCACUUAAAGCUAGAGGCUUUUCCAGUGGUGCCUGUGUUCUAACAAACUGGCUGAUGGCAUUCUUGGUAACAAAGGAAUUUAAUGAUCUUAUGGAUGUCCUGACUUCCUAUGGCACGUUCUGGCUUUUCUCUGCCUUCUGCAUCCUAAAUGUAAUGUUUACUGUUCUUUGUGUUCCUGAAACGAAAGGAAAGACAUUAGAACAAAUUGAGGCUUAUUUCCAAAGAUCUUACACCUGAGGUUCUUGAAUUCAGUGGGAAACUGAGAUGUACUGUUUGUUAUUUCUUGUCAGACAAAACUGAGGUGACUAUUUGGGUUAGCUGUGAAUGCUUCUAUGUGGUUGAACUUGGUUCAGAACAACUUCUAAUCCCUGUUUAAUGAACUGGAGGGGAUGACACUGUGCAUACAUAUGGUUGUGUAGCAGCAUCUUUCAGGGUCACAGAAGCAACUAUUGCCAGUUCACUUAAAAUGCAUCCCUUUUCCCAGGCCUUGAGCUGUGGCGGUUAGUCAUACAAUUCUGCUUCUCAUUGCAGUGUCGCCUAAUACAGAGUAGCCAUAAAGUCUGAAUAGGCAAUUGUAAUGCAGGAAGUAUGCUGUUUUCUCUCCUACACUCCAUAACCUGCAUAGCUAACACAGCAACUUCCCUGUCCAAGGACACACUGCUAUCUGUUGUGUUGUAUGUGAUGCAAGUGAAACUGAUCCUGAACUCUGAACAGCACCCAUUCAGUACCACCGAAUCUUUUGCUUCCCUUUCUUCUACUUCGGACCACCAUCCAUGGCUGCUGAACAAAAUGAACUCUAGGCCCUUUGGCAGCAGAAGGGCUCUGUAUACAGUGCGAGAACUAUUUCAAAUGUUUAAAGUUGUUCAGUAACUUUAGCAAGGAUAGAAGAAGCCUCCAGGAACUAGAACAUCUGAAAACUGUGGUUUAAUGGCUCUGACUUGCUGAGGUCUAAUCAUUUGGAAGAAGGAUAAAGAGGGCCUUCUUCCUGUGAUUAAAUGGGUUGGCACUUCUAGCUGUGCUGAAACUGUUGGACAACAGGUAUAUUGUGUAGAGGCCUUUCCCUUAGCUGAAUAAGCUGUAUCUGAGUCAUGGAAGAAACCUACAAUACUAUUAUGACACUGAAAGAUUUUGAUACUUUGAGUCAUCUGGUCAGGUGAAGACUGCUGUCCUGCUAAACUGUGCAUCUCCGUCUUGGACUCUGGCUGGUGGUCUAACAGUUGGGUGUUUUGUAGAGAACCCUCUGUGCCUGACAGAACUGACCUCCAGGAUUGACACCAGACACUUAAAACUACUUCUCCACUAAAGAAGUUUAAGUUACUUGAGUGAAUACUUGAUUAAUAGCUGCUGAUUCUUUUUCAAGAGGGACUUGCAUAUUUGCACAAUUUCAACAGACUUCCAGCAACACACUAACAAAAUAAACUUUUUCUUUCUUUUGCGGGUAAA